UCUUCGCCAUGCGUUAAUUAAUUACACUCAUCUUUAAUUUUAAGCCUCACUCUCUCAAUCUUUAUCUCGAGCUUAUCCUCACUGACGACAAUAAGUGUUUUGUCUUAAUGUUUCUCUAUCUAAAAAACAGAGCACAAACCAGAGGAUCGAAAAUAAUGGUGAUUCUUCUAUCUUUCUUCUUGCUUCUAUUCGUCACCAUUUUCUUCUCGUUAAUCUUCACCAAGAAGAUAAAAGAGUCGAAAACAAAUCUUCCUCCUGGCCCAGCAAAGCUUCCGAUCAUCGGAAACCUACACCAGCUCCAAGGGUUGCUUCAUAGAUGUCUUCACAAUCUCUCCAAGAAACACGGACCAGUGAUGCAUCUCCGUCUAGGGUUUGCAUCAAUGGUCGUAGUUUCAUCGGGUGAAGCAGCUGAAGAAGCUCUUAAAACACAUGACCUUGAGUGUUGUUCAAGACCUAACACUAUCGCCGCAAGGGUUUUCUCGCGGGACGGUAAAGACAUCGGAUUCGGGGUAUAUGGUGAUGAAUGGAGAGAGCUGCGUAAGCUUUCUGUUCGUGAAUUCUUUAGCGUGAAAAAAGUUCAAUCUUUCAGGUACAUUAGAGAGGAAGAGAAUGACUUGAUGGCCAAGAAACUGAGAGAAUUGGCUUCGAAGCAAUCUCCAGUGGACUUGAGCAAAACCCUCUUUGGUCUCACAGCGAGUAUCAUAUUCAGAACCGCCUUUGGACAGAGUUUCUAUGAGAACAAGCAUAUCGAUCAGGAGAGGAUCAAAGAACUGAUGUUUGAAUCUCAGAGCAAUAUGACUUUCAGAUUCUCUGAUUUUUUCCCUACUGCUGGUCUUAAAUGGUUUAUAGGCUUUGUGUCAGGCCAACAUCAGAGGCUUUACAACGUCUUCACCAGGGUUGAUACUUUUUUUAAUCAUAUAGUUGAUGAUCAUCAUUCGAAGAAACCAACUCAAGAUCGUCCUGAUAUGGUCGACGCUAUCUUAGAUAUGAUAGAUAAUCAACAACAAUAUGCAUCUUUCAAGCUCACCGUUGAUCACCUCAAAGGAGUCCUCUCAAAUAUAUAUCACGCUGGAAUAGACACAAGCGCCAUCACAAUGAUUUGGGCGAUGGCAGAGCUCGUUAGAAACCCUAGAGUGAUGAAAAAGGUUCAAGAAGAAAUCCAAACUUGUAUUGGAAUUAAACAAGAAGGAAGAAUUAUUGAAGAAGAUCUUGAUAAGCUUCAAUACUUGAAGCUUGUGGUGAAAGAAACCUUAAGACUACACCCAGCAGCUCCUCUUUUACUUCCAAGAGAAACAAUGGCUGAUAUCAAGAUUCAAGGCUAUGACAUUCCUCGGAAAACACUUCUUUUCGUUAACGCUUGGUCGAUAGGACGAGAUCCGAAAUACUGGAGAAACCCUGAGGAGUUUAACCCGGAGAGGUUUAUAGAUUGUCCUGUGGGUUACAAAGGACAUAGCUUUGAGCUGUUACCCUUUGGUUCUGGUCGGAGGAUUUGUCCAGGAAUAGCUAUGGCGAUCGCAACCAUUGAAUUGGGACUCUUGAAUUUGCUUUACUUCUUUGACUGGAAAAUGCCUGAGGAGAAGAAAGAUAUGGACAUGGAAGAAGCUGGUGAUGUCACUGUUGUUAAGAAGGUUCCUCUUGAGCUUCUUCCUAUUCCUCGCCAUUGAAUCUUGAGGAAUGAGAGAACUUGAACUGUGUAAUGUUGUUGUUAUUGAAAUAAAUAGUGUUAUCUUGUUUGGAAAUGAAUGUAAUUUUGAUGGGAACAUCAUGAGGCCCAUUUAGGAUUGGUGUUUGAGUAAAAAAAGUGUUUGAUUGGUGUUCACAUU